UACGGUAAGAGUGACUGAACCAGACAGAAGGCUAGGGUUUUUGUUGACGAGGAAGAAGAUGGCGACGAAAUCGCUGACCGUUGAAGAAGUUCUAAAAGAGAAGAAAACACAUGACCUCGAUUCCGUCAAGGAACUUAAUCUCGGCCACAGAGCUCUCACCGACGUGUCUUGUUUGAGCAAGUUCAAAAACUUGGAGAAGCUCGACCUCCGUUUCAACAAUCUCACUGAUCUCCAGGGACUCAAGUCUUGUGCGAAUUUGAAGUGGCUGUCGGUUGUGGACAAUAAAUUGCAGAGCUUGAGUGGAAUUGAAGGAUUAACUAGGCUUACAGUGCUGAAUGCGGGAAAGAACAAGCUCAAAUCUAUGAAUGAGAUCUCUUCUCUUGUCAAUUUGUGUGCCUUGAUUUUGAACGACAAUGAAAUCUCCUCUAUCUGCAAGCUAGAUCAACUCAAAGACUUGAACAGUCUCGUGCUCUCUAGGAACCCUAUCAGUGAAAUCGGUGACUCACUUUCUAAGUUGAAAAAACUCACAAAAGUUUCUUUGUCUGACUGCAGAAUAAAAGCUAUUGGGUCUUCUCUCAAGUCAUGCUCUGAUUUGAAAGAGCUACGACUAGCCCACAAUGAGAUUAAGGCUCUCCCAGCAGAACUUGCACUCAACAAGAGACUACUCAAUUUGGACGUGGGAAACAAUAUGAUCACUAGUCGCUCUGGUUUAGAGGUUUUGGGAACACUAUCUUGCUUGCGAAACUUGAACAUUCGAGGAAACCCAAUCUCUGAUAACGAGAAGUCAGCAAAGAAGGUGAGGAAGUUGCUUCCUCCUUCAGUGAAUGUCUUUAACGCUAAACCCUUGGAGAAAAGCUCGAAGAAUGCAAAGCAUGUUAGAUUUGAUACCGAAGAUGUGACCUUUGAUAGUCGUCACAGCAAAUCAGCAGAAGAGGAAGAAGAAGAAUCCAAAGUGGAUAGGAAAAGCAAGAAGAGCUCUAAGAGAAACAAGUCAGAGGAUGAAGAAGAAGAAGAAGCUGAUAAUGAAGGUAGCAAGAGAAAGAAGAAGAAGAAGUCUAAGAGCAAUCCAGAUAUAGAUCAAGUUCAAGUAGAAAAGAAGGAAGAAGAUGCUGCUGAGAAGAAACAGAAAAGGGCUAGUCCUAAGAAGUUAAUCGAUGCUAUAGAUGAUGCUGAGACCUCUAUGGCUGAAGUCUUUUCCAGGGGCGAUGUGGCGAAGGAUUCUGAAGAUGGUGUUGAGAAGAAUAAGAAGAGAAGCAGUGUGCAAGAGACGGGUGUGGUGAGAGUGAUAGAUAUUCACAAGAAGAAGAAAACAGGAAAUAAGCAGAGCAGGAGUGCAGUGGCUGAGCUUCCUGGGGAAGUUGAAAUCGGGUUGGGAGGAGAGUCAAAGUGGGAGUAAACCGGAAACCUUAAAACUCUAUUGAAAACAGAUGUCUAGUGAUUUUGAUCUUCUUUGAAAUCGGUUUUGCAGCCUUGAGAGUUGAGAAGGUUUAAUUUUGUUGUGAAAUGCACUUUGUUUUACAUUUUCAUACAGUUUUUUAUUUCUUCUUUAUGGAAAGCUUUGUCAUGUUUC